GUAUCCAAAAUAGAAACAUAACCAAGUAUAUACACGGGUCGAAAUCACUUGCACCAGGAAAAAAUUUCUAGAUAUCAAAAUGUUAUUGAAUCGGAUGAUACCGAAGACGUUAACAUCGGUGCAAACGAAUGGAUUUCACACCACCGCUGUAUGCAAUGAGAUUCGGAAAAUGGCAAGAUUAAGAGUGGUGGACAAUUGUGAAAUUGGAAAAAAAGCGAUGGCUGAGGGAAAGCCACCUCGUGUCAUUCACGUUUAUAAUAAGAAAAUGGUUGGAUUUACUGGUGACAUGGUAUUAUUGGCCAUAAAAGGUGAAAAGAAGAAAGGCAUUCUCGUCGGAUGUAAACAACAACAAAAACCAAAAAUGCCACGGUUUGAUACGAAUAAUGUUGUUUUGAUUGAUGACAACGGAACACCACUUGGAACUCGUAUUCAUUGUCCAAUUCCAAAUGUGUUGCGAACAAUCAUGAAAGAAAAAACACAUUCAAAAGGUGCUGACUAUACAAAACUUCUGGCUAUCGCCACCAAAUUUGUGUAAUUAUCAAACAAUUUAUAACAAUUAGUCAUUUAGCAAACAAAUCGAUUUAUAAAUAAAGAUUUCAACUGUUUAUUUACA